UUCUUCUUCUCUCUCUCCUCCUUCACUCCCUUACGUUUCCUUUCCCGCCUUUUCUGCCAUCCAUCCCCCCUUCCCCUUUCUUUCUCUCUCUUUCUUUUCUCCCCUUUUCCCCUCAUGCUACCUCGUGCGGGCCCCUUCUUUUGUCCUUCUCUCUCUCCCUCUCUCUUCUUUUCCUUCCCUCUCUCUCGGCUGAACCCCACUUCUUCUUCUUCUUCUUGCUGGCUGCCUCUUCACCCACCAACACCAUCGCCGCCCACGCCCAACUCCCCCUCACCAUCAUCAUCACCACCUCUUGGCCUCCCCACCUUCGGCAGACGGGAUUGCGUGGGGCCACGGCAGGAACCGCAAGGGCCGCGUCUCCAUCCACGAUCCCCUUGGCCAUGAGCUUCAAGGGCCGUCGCACCGCCGCUCGCCCGACAUCACCGCUCGCUCAUUGCCUCUUAGCCAUCCGUGCUGCCGUUGCUUCAAGCCGCUGCGAGCCACCGCUCGAACCGAGCCUCCCACCGGCCGUGAGCUUCAAGAGCUGCCGCCGCCGUUGUCGAGCCUCCGUUUGAGCCACAAGUGUCGCGUUCUUGAUGCCGUCGCGCCGCCGUCACCGCGGGCUCGCCGUCGCCAGAAAUCGAUGAGUCAACUGUGCUUGUUUUGCAAAUAUCCCACUGUCAUCUUUAUUUGGAAAAAUCUCUAAGGAGGAUCAAAUGCAAAUGCUGUUGAGGUAGGCAAAUGAUGUGCUUAUGUUUAUCUUCUGCAACUUGACAAAAGAAGACAAAAGGCUAUUUAUUUUGGUAGGUGUACCGAUAAUAUCGGUGUAAACAGCAGCUACUGUAUUGAUGCACAAAAUAGGAUUUAAAACAAGUGUUUUCAAGUUGGUGAAUGUGACAACUAAAUUUAAAUGAACCCUGCAGACUAUAAUUUAUUUAAACCUGAUUCCUUGUCAAAGUUCAUAUUUUAUCUUCUUCUUCUAUUUAAAUUGCCACACCAUCUCAAAGCGCAUUUUCUUUUUCUCUGUUAUCAAGGAAAGACACAGAUGAGCAAUCAGGUAGACUAUGCUCUGUCGGUAUGUUAAGUGAUCAUGAAAGCCUCACUUUUGCCACAAUGAAUUUUGAUUUAAGAUUGUGAGAAGGCCGUUCAUCCAGUACCACUUGAAACCAUUUAUGUAGGGUAGGCAAGUCCUAUCACUAUAACCUCGCCAAGCUGCUAGAGCUCCUGUCAUGGACAAGACAAGAUGCAGGCACUAUCAUCGCUAGUGGGUUAUCCUAGUGACCUCGGAUGGGGGAAUAUCAGCUUGUACCAGGAGGAGUGAGAAGUGAAAAGGAAUUAAUUUGCGUCCUACAAAGGCUCUGUCCUUUUCAUUUGCUCUCUUUCGCUUUUGCUUCACUAUCUAGUUAUAACAUACAGUCCAGUCGAGUCACGGUCUUCUUGAGUUUUAUGGUUUAUUUACAUUAACAAAGCACUCGUGGAUAGAAAGCAUCAUUGAAAGUCUUCUCCUUUAUUGAAACUUUUUGGUAGGUGAACCUCACGGUCCUCUUGAGUUUUAUGGUUUAUAGUUUUCUCUCUCUCCGUUAAUUCAUUAUCACUUGGCUUCACCAUGACCUAUGCUCAUCUCUUGGCCCAAUAGUGUUCUCUUCCUGCUCAUUCGAAGCUAGAGCUCGUGCUCAAUAGUGUUCUCCUCCUACUCAUUCGAACCUAGAGCUCGUGCUUGUUGGAUCGUUGUAAUUGAUCUAACCACAUUCACUGGUCUGCUCCAGGAAGUCUACUCGGAACAGUGACCGAUUCAACCAUGACAAUGGGAGAGAUCGUUUUGGGUUCCUUUAUGGGUUCCUUCUUUCAGGUCCUAUUCAGCAAGUUGACUUCUCUCGCAUUAGUCUAUGCACAACAUGAACGAAUUAGCACUGCUCUCCUCAAGGAGUGGAAUGAGAUGUUGGGCACAAUCAAUGUAGUGCUGAUUGAUGCAGAAGACAAGCAACUUAGUGGUAACCCUCUAGUGAAGCUGUGGCUAGAUGAUGUUAGGGACUUGGCCUAUGAUAUGGAAGACUUGAUUGAUGAGUUAGCGAUCAAAGUGGCUCAGGUUAAGUUGGAGGCAGAAUCCAACACAAGCAAACGUCUGGAAAAAUGGAAGUUCUCUUUCUUUGGCCAAGAUAAAUCCUCCGGAUCGAAUCCAAACCUAGGCUCACUCAUGUUUGAAACCAAGGUGCAAGAUAUUAGUGGCAGGUUGAAAGUGAUUGUCACUAGGAAGGCUCGUCUAAGCUUAAGAGAGAAUGUUGUGGACAGAUCCAACUACACAAACAAAAGGGAUCUAACCACUUCUUUGCCAGAGCCUAAGUUUUAUGGUAGAGAGAAGGAAGAAGCACAAGUACUCAAACUAUUAAUUAGUGAAGUCGAAAAUUCCGAUGCCAUGUUGAGCAUGAUCCCCAUAGUUGGGAUGGGUGGUGUUGGAAAAACGGCCUUGGCUCAACGGUUGUAUAAUGAUGUUAGAGUAUAUAGCUGUUUCGAGAAGAGAGCGUGGGUUUGUGUGUCAGAUGUUUUUGAUGUUCUUCACAUAACAAAAACUAUUUUGCGGUCAAUCACUGGGUUGUCAUGCCAGGGUGAAGAUCUUAACGGGCUUCAAGUUAAGUUGAAGGGCAAUCUAUCUGGGAAGAAGUUUCUUGUGGUUUUAGAUGAUGUAUGGAAUGAGAAAUAUGAAAAAUGGACUGCCCUCUUAAAGCCGUUUGAAGCGGGGGCUAAGGGGAGUAAGAUCAUCAUUACGACUCGCAACCUUGCUGUUGUUUCCAUAACUAGAGCAUCACCCUAUCAUUUGAAGGAAUUGUCCUUUGAUAAUUGUACAAGCUUAUUAGCCUUUCAUGCUCUUGGAGCAACAAAUUUUGAGAGCCAUCCGGAUUUUAAAACAAUAGGUAAGAAAAUAGCUGAAAGAUGUAAAGGUUUACCUUUGGCGGCUAAGAUGCUAGGCGGUGCCCUACGUAAUAAAAGGAAUCCCAGUGAAUGGGAAGAUACCUUAAAUAACAUAAUAUGGGAUCUUCCGAUGGCAGAGAAUGAUGAGGUUCUCCCUAUCUUGAACUUGAGUUAUGUCCAUCUUCCUUGCCAUUUGAAGAGAUGUUUUACUUAUUGUGCAAUAUUUCCCAAGGAUUACGAAAUUGAGAGAGAUGAGCUGGUACUCUUAUGGAUAGCCGAGGGCUUUUUAGAUAGACAAAAAGUAAAGGGGAAUAAUUUCAGAUUAGGACGAAAUUACUUUGAUGAGUUAGUAUCCAGAUCAUUUCUUCAACAAUCAAGUGUCAACGCAUCUAAGUUUUCAAUGCAUGAUCUUUUGAAUGAUCUAGCAAAGUCAAUUGCAGGAAAUGCAUACUUCAGCUCUGGGGAGUCUCACUUGGUAGCUAAUGAAGAAGACGCAUCUCUUGGGAAAAUUCGUUAUGCAUCAUUCAUCUCAUCGCAUUUUGCUACAUCAAAAUGCUUAAGAGAAUAUCACCGAAUGAAGGUACUAAGAACUUUAAUGCUACUGCACAAUGGAUUUAGAGGGGACACUUUCUCUAUUUCAAACAAGGUGCUACAUGACUUGCUAAUGGAAUUGAAGUACUUGAGGGUGCUCUCAAUAUGUCAUUGUGACAUUGUAGAGGUACCAAAUUGCAUUGGUGAUCUAAAACAUCUUAGAUAUCUCAAUUUCUCAUACACUGAUAUCAAAAGGCUACCUGAAUCAAUUGUCAGCUUGUGCAAAUUACAAGUUUUGAUUUUAAGAGGUUGUCAAAAACUUUCAAAGUUGCCUCAAGGCAUCACAAAAUUGGCCAAUUUACAGUUUCUUGAUGUUAGAGAUACGAGGAGUCUUAAAGAGAUGCCGUUGGGUAUCGGUAAUUUAAAAAAUCUUAUUAUCUUGUCCAAGUUUGUGGUACGACCAGAGAAAGGGUCACAGUUAGAGGAGUUAAAGAAUUUGCCACAUCUUCAAGGAGAAUUAUUCAUAUCAGAAUUGCAAAAGGUAGAAAAAGUUAGAGAUGCAAUUGAUGCUACUUUGCAUCAAAAGCAAGGCCUUACCAACUUAUCCUUGCAUUGGGAUGAAAAUUUGGAAAAUCUCCAGAAUCAUGAGCGGGAAGCACAAGUGCUUGACUUCCUACGACCUCACAUUGAUCUUGAAAAUCUCAAUAUUUUGAACUAUGGUGGUGCAAAAUUCCCAUCAUGGUUAGGUGGCCCAUCCUAUUCUAAGAUAGUGUCUUUGUGCUUGCGGGGCUGUCCUAAUGUUAUAUCACUUCCCCCACUUGGACAACUACCUUCACUAAAGGAAUUAUCUCUUGAAGGUCUACACACAAUAAGAAUGAUAGGCUCUGAAUUUUAUGGAGAUAAAAGGCCUUUCUCAUCCUUAACAACUUUGAAGUUGAAAGAGAUGUUGUCAUGGAAGAAUUGGUCUCCUUAUGUUGGGGGCCCAAAAGAAGAAGUCUCAUUCUCUUGUCUUCAACAUCUUGUUGUCUGGAGUUGUCCUUCAUUGAUGAGGACAUUACCUCAUCAACUUGAUUGUCUCAUAAAACUUGAAAUCCAUUCAUGUCCGCAUUUGAAUAAUUCAACGAAUGAGGUUUGUUUUCCAUCUCUCCGUGAGUUAUACCUUGAGGAUUCUAACAAGGAAAUCUUAAAGAGCUUGGUCAACCUAACUUCUUUGACCAUUCUCAAAAUUGAAAAUCUUGCCGAGCUAGUUUGCUUUGAUCAUGUGUUUAUGAGGUGCUUGGUCAAGCUAAAGCAGCUUCAUAUAGGACGGUGUGACAAGAUUACAUACUUGUGGCAAGAUGAAAGUAUAAUGCUAAAUCUUACUUGCCUUCAAGAAUUAGCCAUUGAAAGCUGCCCUCGAUUCACAUCUUUUGUGGCAGGAGAAGGAGAAAUAGAGCUGCCGUGCAACUUUGAAAGGAUGGAAUUGAGUAAUUGCAUAAGUUUAGAAAAGCUUCCAAGCAAGAUGCACACAUUCAAACAUUUGAUCAUUAGGAGGUGUCCAAAAAUCUUGGGACCAACCAUUCCUCUAGAUGACCCUAACAACAAUAACCCGAUAUCUCAACUUGAGUAUCUACGGAUUGUAAAUUGUGAUUCUCUAAUAUCUUUUUUAUUUGCCAACGAUAGACUUACUGCUUUGAAGAAAAUUUGUAUUUGUGAGUGCGAGGGAGUGGAGUCAGUGGAAAUGAUCACCAUAGAAUCACUCAAAGAAAUGACAAUUGAUGGCUAUCCAAAUCUAGGAAGCCUACCACAGUGCCUUCACACGCUCUCCCAUCUCACUCAUUUGGAUAUAAGUAAUUGUCCAGCGUUGGAGAUAGAGGAAUUCCCUUCCCUUCCCAUCACCCUGUCGUGUCUUAUAAUUAGUAAUUGUCCGAAGAUAAAGUCUCUACCAAAUCAAUGGCAUCAUCUUACAUCCCUCGAGACGCUAUUCAUCGAGGAUUGCCAAAAUAUCAAAUGCUUCCCUAAAGGAGGUUUGCCUCCCAAUUUGCAUCGCCUUUUAAUAAGAGGGUGCGAGAAUCUAAAGCAGCCAAUGAGAGAAUGGGGCUUACACCUACUCACAUCCCUCCGGUGUAUGUUAAUUGACUUUUGCAUGGGAGGGGAGGGAGAGAAGGUAUGGUUUCCUUCGGAGGACAGGGAUGCGUGGAGUCUUCUCUUUCCUUCCUCUCUAUUGUAUCUUCGCAUUUGCAAUAUGUGGAAUGUUGAAAGACUAUCAAGCGGUCUUCUCAACCAUCUCUCAUCUCUCAAACAUUUAUGGAUCGACUCUUGCCCAAAGCUGAGGUACUUGCUAGAGGAUGGCCUCCCUCCCUCCCUCCAAGAAUUGUACAUAGAGAAAUGUGAGAUUCUGAAAGAUAGAUGCUCAAAACUCACUGGCGACUAUUGGCCCCUAAUCCAAGAAAUCCCUCUCAUCGAGAUAGAUUGGGUGCGGAUCCAAUGAAUUGAUUCUUCCAUGCACCGCCAGUUUUCUCGGAUUAAGGGCAACACAUUGCAAAAUUGGUUUUCUUAUCUGUAUUACUGAUGGUCUCAGGAUCUGGUGAUUUAUGGUUAAAAGUUGCUGCAUUCGGAGCUUUCCAGUUAUACCAGGAUUUUGGAUAAGAAAUAUGAAAAAUAUGGAAGAACCAUCAAUAGCGGAGGACAUAAGAUGCGUGGAGCCUCCUAUUUCCUUCCUCUCUAACCUCUCCUUGGAUGAAAAAUAUGAGGAACGUGAAAAGACUAUCAAGUGGGCUUUGCAGGCAUCUCCCCUCCCUCAAACAGUCAUAUAUUUUACAAUUGCCGGAUGUUGAGAAUAUCACACUGUCUUCUGCAUUUGGCAAAAUCUCUCCCGGUGAUCAAAUGCAAACAUUGUUGAGAUUUAUUUGUAUCAUGAUGUCAAUUAUCGAGGUCUACAUUCAAAGUCAAACGAAGCAGCUUUCGGACCUCCAACAACAGCAGCGACUGAAGAGAUGCAAAAAUUGGGGUUUUCGAGUUGGCAGAUUACAAUCCAUUUCAAUCUGACUUCCUUGUCGAAGUUAACAGUUCAUCUUUAUUCUAUUUAACUUCCCACGCCAUCUCAGAGGGCAUUUUCUUUUUCUUUGUCGCAAAGGAAAGACCGAGAGGAGCAAUCAAGGAGACUAUGCUCUGUUACCAUUUUGAGUAAUUGUAAAAGUUUCACGUCUGCCUUGAAAUAUUUCAGAUCGCGAGAAGGUCAUCGUCCAAUACCACUCGCAACCUAGUUAUCUCGGGUAGCCAAGUCUCUUCAUCCAAUACCAAGCUGCCAGAGCUCCCAUCACGGGCAAGGCAAGAUAUAGGCACUACCAUCACUAAUGGAUUAUCAUCGUGACCUCGCGUUUGUGGAAUAUCAGUUUGUACCGUCAGGCCACCGUCGCUGGUGUUCAGUGGUCCCCUAUAGUUCUGCGUUAACAAAAUCAUGUAGUCUAUUUAGGAUUAGCAAAAUCAUCAA